UCAGGGCAAAGAAAUUCAAACCCGCCAAUGACGCGACGGCACUGACGCAGUGCAUUGUGGGUGCCGGUGGCGAACAGAAACCAAAUAGCUUGCUUCUUGUCAACUUCGGUUUCAUUUACUCCGGGCGGGACGCAGCAAGCUCAGAACUUGGAUUUCCGGCACAGCCAUGUCGUCAACGUCCCAAAAGCAUAAAGAGUUCGUGGCCGAGCCCAUGGGUGAGAAGCCCGUGAUGGCUUUGGCGGGCAUCGGAGAAGUCCUUGGCAGAAAACUGGAGGAGAACGGUUUUGAUAAGGCAUACGUUGUCCUCGGGCAGUACCUGGUUCUGAAGAAAGACGAGGAGCUUUUCAAGGACUGGCUUAAAGACACGUGUGGAGCAAACGCCAAGCAGCAGCGAGACUGCUACGGCUGUCUUAAGGAAUGGUGCGACGCCUUCCUAUAAACCCUGAUGUCAAGCUAUUUUUUUUUUUUUUUUUUUUUUUCCUACUUCGGACGUCUGACAUGUACACGACCUCUUCAGCAGACUCCAGACAGUUCAGUUCAGUUGCGAGUAUUCACUUGCUUUCACUAAAUCAGUAAAGCGACACACGCCUUUUUAAUAGCAUCCGUUCAGCUGCCACCUCUUUCUUUCAAAAGUUGUAUUACUAAUCUUAUAAUGUUAUACAGGAAUGGCAGCUUGCAAUGUGUACUCACUGUUAAUACCCCUUUUUAUGCAAAACACGUCGGUGAACAUCGGCUGUGAACAUUAAUACACUGUCAUUGUCUCCUUCGGUGGUAGCCCACUAAUAAGUCAGGGCUGCAGUCGUGCUGAUUAUAGCGUAGCUAGGGCUUUUUUAAAUGUCGUCACAUCUGUGUUUUUUAGAAUUCUCUGAAAUAAAUAUCUGUUUGUGAAUGU